AUGGAUAUUCAACCGUGCGGAUCGAACGAAGCGAUAGCAUACUAUAUUGCAAAGUAUCUGUCGAAAGCAGAACCAGAGGGUGUCGAUGCUGGAAUUGCACAGGCAAUACAACAAAUCCAACGCGAAGAGAAUGACCUUUCACGCAAACUCUUCAAGAUAUGUAUGAAGAUUCUUCGUGAACGACAAGUAUCAGCUGCCGAAUGUGCAUAUCGGCUUUGUCAUAUCCCAUUACGAAACAGUUCGCGACAUUGUGUCUUCCUAAACACAAGAAAGCCAGAACAGCGUUACAGAGUAUUGCAAUUCGAUAGAAGCGGACACGCAAUUGGUUACUACAGCAAUAUCUUUGAAAGAUAUGAAAAACGUCCAUUACAACAUCCUGACUACGAUUUUGCGAACAUGAGCCUAAUAGAGUUUGCUAUGUUGUUUGAACCACACUUUCCGAAAAAGUUAAGCGAUACCGAGGAAAGCGUAGACCCUGAUGCCUAUGAGGAACAAACAAACAUGCGUCGCCCACUCAUCACUCUGUUGGAUAAAACUUACUUCUUCAAUAUGCCUUAUCGUUCGGAGACUGAAAUACUUGAAGGCUUCGAUAAUGCCAAAGAAGCUUUUGUAGCUCGAGAGAGUCGUUUAAGGGAAACAAGUAGACAUAUGUGCCAACAUCGAGAGCGGGACCAACAGCUUGAAAAUGCAUUCAAUCAGAUACAUGCUUUCGAAAUUUUGGAGCAGCCAGAGAUUAUAAAUCCUGAACUUGAAGAGGAAGAGCUACCAGAGAAAGAAAUGAGCAAUGAUCAAUUCCAAAGAGCGCAAAAUGCGAUGAAUGUUGAUCAAAGACAAUUAGUUGUUCUUGUCACAGAGAGUAUUAAGAAGCAACUCAAUGGUGAUAUGAAACGGGAGAAAAUUUUCGUAACUGGUGGAGCAGGCACCGGGAAAACAUUCCUCUUUAAUCUAUUGAAAAACCAUGUCAACCGAUGUUAUGGAAAACCGGUGGUAAAAGUCGGUGCUCUCACUGGAGUUGCAGCACGGUUAAUCGGUGGUACAACGCUACACCGGCUGUUAAAACUACCAGUACAAAAAGAUGGAGUAAUUGUAAGCAUGCCACUUCUUACCGGUAAUUAUUUGAGAGGAAUGCGUCAAUUAUGGCAAAAUAUUGAGUUUCUGUUCAUAGAUGAAAUAUCUAUGAUACCCUAUGAGAUGCUUUGUAUGAUCGACUCUCGUUUGCGACAACUGAAAAUCCCAGACGCUUGUUUUGGUGGCAUAAACGUGAUACUCUUUGGUGAUCUAAUGCAGUUACCACCUGUUAGAGGACAUCAAAUUUUUCAACAACCAGAUCAUAUGAAGCCAGCUACACAUUUGUGGCGACAGUUCGGUCUGGUUGAACUUAAACAAAACAUGCGUCAACAAGGAGACACAACAUUUAUAGAUGUACUUAAUGCCCUACGAGUUGGAGAAAUGACGUCUAGACAACUUGAAAUCCUUCUUGAAAAAGGUUCAACGGAAGCGACUAAUGAAUUUUCGAUUGAGAAAGCAUUAAGAAUUUACCCAACGAAUGAUCAAGUUGCUAGACACAAUGAAAAAGUUCUCCAGAGUUUUGAGAAUAAAGGGACAGUUAUUUAUACAAUAAAAGCACAAGACCGACUCAUUGAUGCCACUCGUAAUUUAGGUAACAAGGACUUAAAUUCUGUGAUACCUAAUGAUAUUAAUAAAACAGGAGGUCUUCCGAAAGUACUGAAAAUAUUCGUAGGGGCUAAAGUGAUGUUGAGGUCGAACAUUGACGUGUCAAAAGGUUUAGUGAAUGGCAAUAUGGGUUUUAUCAUUGAAAUUAUCUGGCCAAAUUUUCGCAGAGACCAACUAUACGCGGAAGACAUCCCGUCAGUCCGUAUCGACUUCGGUUCUGAUGGUGUGCACAUGAUUAAACCGAUCUGUAUCGAUUCCCAGCGAAAUAUAGCUAUGGAACUGCUGAGAGACGGAUGUUGCCCUUAA